UAAGAGGCGCGAACUCAUGAUCAGAACUGAACGCAAAACCAAGAUCAGAAAGACGACUUAUUGAAUAGAUAUAUUACUGCGUCAUUUAAAUUUAUAAUGUGGCAAAAUUUGCCCGUCAGGUAGAAACUGUUCUUUAUGUAUCGUAAGAAAAAAGUAAGCGGCCCGUAAUGCGUGGAGAUGCAGAUCAAAGGUCUCAGGGUUAUUUUGAUCUUGUUCAAGGUCGUCAUCGUCUCUGAUGGUUUCCUGCUACACGGCUCUGCUGGUCCUCUAACAGCCCGGCUGGGAGGAGCUGUACUGCUGCCCUGCUUUGUGGACAGACCCCUGCCUUUGGAGGAGCUGCAGGUGGACUGGAGAAGGACUGAUUCAGACACCAUCGUGCACCUAUUCCAGGGGGGUCAGAGCAGACCUGAAUCACAGGGGGACGCCUACAGGGACAGAGCCCACUUCUUCUCUCAGGAAAUCCCCAAAGGCAACUUCUCUCUGCUGCUUGAGGGUGUGAGGACUGCAGAUGCAGGAGGUUACGAGUGUGUGGUUUAUACAGAGCAGGAGAACCAUGAAACACGGGUGGAGAUACAGGAAGUAGAGCGGCUGGUGGUGACGGGUGCAGAUGAGCCUGUCUAUGCACAUGCUGGAGAGGAUGUGACUCUCAGCUGCUCUGUGGACACCCAUGUUAAUGUGACAGAGCUUCAGGUGGUAUGGAAAACGACAGACGAUGACAUCAUGGUGCUUCUGUAUGCUGAUGGAGAGAACAAACCAGAUUCUCAGCAUGAGAGAUACUCUGGAAGAGCUGAAUUCUUCACUGAGGAAAUUCCCAAAGGAAACUUCUCAAUGAAAUUGAGGAAAGUCAGGAUGGAAGACAAAGGAGAGUUCAGGUGUGAAGUCCACACAGAUACUGAUUCUAAUAGUACAACAGCCAGGAUAGCAGCACUGGGUUAUUCAUCCCUGCAUUGGCUGAUUCUGGGGCUGUGCAUCACUGUCAUACCUGUAGUCCUACUUACUGGUGCUUUCUCUGUCAGGUAUUAUAUAAAGAAAAGUAAAGGCAGACAGGCUCUGUUGAGUCACUGGUCACUUGUCGCAGUCCCACCAAUCAUGGUUUCCUCAGCCUUCAUCCUGUGGGGUGUAACUGAAGGUUCCACAGAAGAGGCUGUUACCUGUACUGUCAUCACUCUGCUGAAUAUCCUGAUGUUGUUUUUUAUGGACCCAGAACGAUUAUAUCCAGACGUAUCACGUUAUAAUAUAUAUCUGGCUCGGACAUUAGGAAGCACCAUCAUCAUCAUAGCUGUUUGCACAGUUCGUAUCAUUGAGUUUUCGACAAAAUAUUCUGCAACCACAGCUGGGAAAGUAACACUAGGAGUCUUUAUAGGUGGAUUUGUACUUAUGAUGGUCUUUAUGGCUUCUAUUCAAUUUUUAUUCAUGUGGUAUUUCAAUUCUUCUUUAUCCUGGAGCACAUUCAAGAAAAUACUAUUGACCAUAUCUGUAUUUCUGAUAAUAAUGGUUUUAGCCACAAUUGGUGUUGGUGUGUUUCUUGCCAAUUAUUUCUCUGGAAGAGCAGACAUUGGAUCGUUUUUAACUGUCUUCAUAGUUCCGGUGAUCAUGUUGUUAAUCACAUUUGCCGUGACUGGUAUUGCUGCAUGGAAAUCUUCUUCUUCUUCUUAUUUUUAUUAUUAUUAUUAUAAUACAUUUUGGGAAGGUAUAACCAUGAUGUUUAAUAUGCAGAUCCUGACUCUCUAUAUCCAGCUUAUUGCCUGGAUGCAAGGCACCUUUUUACUGGGAUAUUUCAUCCCGAUUAUAGUCGCUUCUUUGGGAAUAUAUGCGUGCUUUAUUGCCAAGCUGUUUUUGGAGUCAUUCAGACAUUUCUAUCUAUUUCAGAAAAUCCUUUUGGGGAUUUUAUUCCCGCUGCACCUAAUAUUAAGUCUCCUGUAUCUAAGUCUGGUUUUAGACAAUGACAAAGACCAAGCAACACCGACCGUGGUCAGACCCAGUGGAGGAGGGGGCUGUGGGGCGGCGUGCUCACCAGGCUGUGACAGCGUUCAUCCCGGCCUCCCACCCCCACUGUCCUCCUGGAGAACCUUCAGCCUCUGGGAAACAAGCCGGAGGAGCUACACUGCAGCAUCGGCCCUCAAAGGGACCUUCAGGACCUCAGUGUGUUCUGCUUCACUGAGACCUGGCAGUAACCAAACCCUCUGCACAGUGCUGUACAGCCCCGGGCUUCACUGUAUACCACUCAGACACCACAGACAGCACUGGCAAGACAAAGGGAGGCGCUUUGUGCUUCUUUAUCAACAGCAACUGGUGCCCCGAUGUGGAAGCGGUUUGCAAGUCCUGCUCAUUCCUGAAGAUCAAGUGCCGCCAUUCUACCUGCCCAGAGAGUUUCCCUCAGUGCUGCUCACUGCAGUUUACAUCCCACUGGGGCUCCAGCUGCAGCUGUGCUGGACGAGCUCUCACACUCCCUCACUUAUCAGGUGACCUCAGUUAAGCCUGUGAGGGUUCAGGGCUGAUGCCUUAGGGGGGACAUUGAGAUUGGGCCUGUGUUUCCACUCGCGUCCCUUUUUAAGAUGGACCACAGAAACUCCAACACAAAACAGGUGAAACAAACGGAUGAGCUUUUAUAAACAUAAUGCAAACUAAGUUUGCACACUUACCUCAGCUACAAAAGUUUAAUUUAAAGCCAUCAAUACUGAAGCCAUGUGAUGCUGAAUUAUUAUUAAUAAAUAAAUGUCUGGGUGAAUCGAUAGGCAGCGGUGAGCUGAGGAGAGGACAGCUUUACCCCAGGCCUGCUUGUGCAUCACGCCUGGCAGCCGUCACAUCACAGACAUCUUCAGCCUGUGCCCGUCUUUGUGCACUGUGCCCGUCUUUGUGCACUGUGCCCCUGUGCUUUAAGAAGACCACAGUCGUGUCUGUGCCGAAGAAAGCUACUGUUUCCUGCUUAAACAGCUACCGUCCCGUCAGUUUAACCCCCACAGUCCCUGGAAAGUCUGGUCACGUCCUACAUCAACCUCAACAUGCCCUCAGUCCUGGACCCACUGCAGUUUACAUUCUGGUGUAUCAGAUCAGUGGCUGAUGCCGUCUGUCUCUCCCUGCACACUGCUCUGGACAUUUAGGAAAGAAGAACACCUACGUCAGGACCCUUUCUUGAGGAGAUGAAGAACUUUGCGAGCAGGUGAACCUUCUAAAUGGUGAACUCCAGGAACACCAUUCAGCGCUUCGAGCCGACCUGAACCGACUUUGUCGAUCCAAAAAGAAGUCGCCACUGUAAAGUCUGUUACCGAUCGACGUUCCAAGAUCCUGGCUGGAGUUAAUAGGGGUCUGUUAUCUCUGGAUAGUAAGAUUACUGAGAUUGAGGAGCAUGGACAGGGUUGUGGAACAAUGGAGUGUGGGGGUACCACUUUGGGGAAGGGGCCCAGCAAUCACUCAGCCCUCCUCCAUGUGCGAAUGACAUGGGAAAUAACUGGACCACCAGAGGCCGAGAGAUUUUAAUUUAAUGGGCGAGAAAGGGAGAGAGGUUAGACAGUGGGGAAUGACGUAUCCUGCUUUGAUGAGGAGCCAGACGCUGGGGAGGAUCGAUCCAACUCCAAAUAGGCCUGAGGGUGAAAGCGUGGUGGUGCAGUUUAAAAUCUGGGAGGGCGACACCCCCAUCUAACCGUGGAUUAUAGUGUAAUGUUUAACAGACGGCCUCUUACCGCCCCAAAGAAAUGCCGAAAUGACAGACUUAUGGAAGCCCAGUGUCUCGGUGGAGGAGGAAGCGGAAGUAAGGAACUUACUUUUUACUGUAUUUUAAAAAAAUUUACAGUCAAACAAUGUAUUAAAUACAGAAAUAUUUUGUAUUUACAUUUACGGUUCUUUUUCUAUAUUUGAAACAGUAUUUUACUUGAUUGUUUUUACGGUAUUUUUCCAUCGCCAUUUAAGGUAUGUUUACCAUAUUUUUUACGGGCAUUUUUUUACAGCGAACAUAAUCAAUCAAUCAGACUCCAACCUCUUCACUAUGGGUUAAGAACAAAGAGCCGUCUAGGGACACCAGGGACAAAGUUGUAGAGCUGCACAAGGCUGGGAUGGGCUCCAGGACAUCAGGCAAACAGCUGACUGUCAAUCUCUCUCGGACUGGGGCUCCCACGGAAGGACCUGGUCAAUGACCUGAAGAGAGCUGGGACCACAGUCUCAAAGGUUACCAUUAGUAACACACUAUGCCGUCAUGGAUUAAAAUCCUGCAGCGCGCGCAAGGACCCCCUGCUCAAGCCAGCACAUGUCCAGGCCAUCUGAAGUUUGCCAAAGACCAUCCGGAUGAUCUAGAGGAGGCAUGGGAGAAGGUCCUGUGGUCAGAUGAGACCAAAAUAUAACUUUUUGGUAUAAACUCCACUCGCCGUGUUUGGAGGAAGAAGAAGAUUAAGUACAAUCCCAAGAACACCAUCCCAAUCAUGAAUCAUGGGGGUGGAAAGAUCAUGCUUUGGGUGUGCAUUUCUGCAAAGGGGACCAGACGACUGCACUGUAUUGAGGAGAAGAUGGAUGUGGCCAUGUACCACGAGAUUUUGGGCAACAACCUCCUUCCCUCAGUAAGAGCACUGAAUAUGGGUCGUGGCUGAGUCUUCCAGUAUGACAAUGACCCAAAACACACAGCCAGAGCAACUAAGGAGUGGCUCCGUAAGAAGCAUGUCAAGGUCCUGGGGUGGCCUAGCCCAUCUCCAGACCUGAACCCAAUAGAAAAUCUACGGAGGGAACUUAUUUCGGGCUUGUUGGGUCCCAGCUCCUUAAUAUGGAUUUUUUCCACCAUCGUCCUUCUUGCAAAAGGGUAAUUCAAUAACAAUCUCACCGAACUUGCCUGAAGCUGCCCCUCAACUGUCGUCGACGCCAUUAUCGCUCUCUGACUGACUGACUGACCUGAGCGAUCUAAAACUUUCCCGCAUUUUCUGUAGCUGGGGCGAAAUUUCCAGCGCCCCAAAACCAUUUAAUUCGGCGAUACUGAUAGGCGAAAUCUUUAUUAUAUUCGCCAAGCAACCAUACACGAUUGGCUAUUUCGCUGCACUUCUGAGCAAGAAGAGAAAUGAUUGGUGGAAAUCUGUUGGUGGAAAUUCACUGUUGAAUGAAAGUCAGUUGGUGGAAAUUAAUGUUGUUUAAAUAAUUCAGAUUGCAUGUAGGCACAUACUAAAGUAAAACUGACAUUGAUUAAAAAAAAAUAUAUAUAUAUAUUUUUUCAUAUAUAUAUAUAUUUUAAGGGGCGACAUGGUGGUGCAGUGGUUAGCACUGUUGCCUUACACCUCUGGGACCCGGGUUCGAGUCUCCGCCUGGGUUACAUGUGUGUGGAGUUUGCAUGUUCUCCCCAUGUCGUCGUGGGGUUUCCUAUGGGUACUCCGGUUUCCCCCCACAGUCCAAAAACAUGCUGAGGCUAAUUGGACUUGCUAAAUUGCCCAUAGGAAUGCAUGUGAGAGUGAAUGGUGUGUGAGUGUGCCCUGCGAUGGGCUGGCCCCCCAUCCUGGGUUGUUCCCAGCCUCGUGCCCAUUGCUUUCUGGAUAGGCUCCGGACCCCCCGCGACCCAAUAGGAUAAGCGGUUUGGAAGAUGGAUGGAUGGAUAUAUAUUUUAUUUUUCCCCCCACUGGGAGGGCGGCGCCCGAGCGCCCCCUAUGGACCAGCCGCCACUGCUAAAAAACCUGCCACUUGCAGCUAAAAAACAGCCCAAGACUUCUUAAUAAUACCUGAGCCUUAAUGGUCUGCUCCUUACCUGUUAAUAAAGUGUUAUGAAUCAUUUGAUAAAUUAGUAAAUAAAAAGAUUCACUUAAAAUCAAAUUUACAAAUGUAUAACAAAGAUAUAUCUUACUCCUUUCUUACAAUGUAUUUACUAAAGAGCUUGCAAAUGCUCAACUGUAUCUCAGUUCAGAGUUACUGUUUACUAACCCAUUGUUUUAUAUUUACAAGUGAUUUAAGAGCUGUUUUAUAAAUACCAGGAGCAAGAUAUGACUGUAGUGCAUUUAUAAAUGUUUGUGAAUCAAUCUUUCUAUUCAUUAAUAUAUUCCUUAAUGAUUAUAAUAAUUAAUGAGAGUUUAUUAAUGAUUAAGGAACAGACAAUAAAAAAAAAACCUUUCAAGUUGUAAAAAGCUCAUCUGAUUCAGACGAUGUCGUGGUUUUGUUAUAAAUUUUGUUCUGUUUAUACUUGUCCAUGUAUUUACUGAUGUUAGAGGUACAGCAGCUUGUUCACAUCAUUAAUAACCUCUGUUGUCAC